AUGAUCAAUUUCAAUCCUACCCAAGAUCAACUACUAUUUACAUAUAAUAUAAAUUCAAUUAAUCCUCAACAAAGAUCAGAUAUAAAAUCAAUUGAUAAUAAUUAUAAUAUAGAUAAUUUAAAGAAAUUAACAACAGAAGAGAAAUUUAAAACAUUAAUAUCAAUUAUAAAUUCAUCAUCAACAGCUGUAGAAAAUUAUGAAAAUAUUGACCUAGAAGAUCCAUUAAAAGGUUCAGGAAGUAAUGUGGCUUCAACUUUAAAAAAUUUAAAAUUAAUUUCAUCAUCAACAGAUCCAAUACUAAGUUCUUUUCAAAUAAGUUCUCAAAAUUUCAAUGUUAUUAAAUAUUUAACAACAAUUCAAAAAGAUACACCGUUAAGCAAUUUAACAAAUUCAUUACAAUAUUUAGAAAGAAGUAUAAAUUCUCAUGAAAAAGAAUUACAACGUGCAAUUGAUCAGAAUUUUGAAACUUUUGUAAAUUGUAAAUAUCAAAUCGAUGAUACUUUAAUUGAAUUUGAUCAACAAAAAUCAAAAGUUCAGAAAGAUAAAGAGAAUUCAAAAUAUUUCAAUCCUCAACGUCAUACAAUUACUAAAAAGACUAGUGGAAUCAAUGAAUUAACGUCAGAAUUGGAGACUUCAUUAAAUAAUUUAAGAACUACAAACACAUUAUUGAUAAAGCCCAUUGAAGAAAACAAAUUGAAAGAGGAAAAAUAUGCAAAAAUCUCAAAUUUUAUCAAAUCCAAUGAAUUUUUCUUCAACUUACCAUCUCAAUUAAUUCAUUCACUUUCAAUAAAUAACAAUAGGAAAUUCAUUGAUGAUUAUAAUAAAUAUAUGAAAGAGAAAAAGUUGUUUUUACACAGAAUAUAUCAGACAAAUUUGGAAGAUAAUAAUAUGAAAUUAACAAUAGCCAUUAAAUUAUUUCAAGAAAUUGAGGAGAUAGCAAAGCAAUAUAGAGAUAAAAUAUAUACAGAACUAUUGUCUUCGGAUCACGAAGUUAAUCAAAAGGAUGAUCAAAAAUUUAUGUCAUUAGUCGAGAAUUUAAUGCAAUUAGAAGAGAAUGAUCAACAAUCAAAUAAGUCUAAACCAAUUGCUGAUUUUUUAAACAAACAGAUUGAUAAAUUAAAAAUGGAUUUUGAACAUCAAGUUAAUAAAUUUGAUUCAAAAUUUUUAAUAAUGCAAAAUAAAUUAGUUGAUUAUGUAAAUUCAUUAAAUCAAGAACUUAAAGAAGGUUCACAUAUAAAUUAUAUUUCUGAAAAAUAUGAAAUGUACAAAAAAGAAAUACAAUCAUCUAAAAAUAAUGAAGAAAAAAUGUCAAUUAUUGAAGAAGCUUUCCAAUCAAAUGAUAAUGUUGAUAUGAGUUUAAUUAAUGAAGCUUGGCUCGUAUUAUUUAAUUUCAUAACUUAUUUGGAAACUUUAUAUAUGAAAUUAGUUGAUAAGUUUUUAAAUAACUAUUCCUAUUAUUACAAGAUGGGAGUUGAUCCUCAAGGUGCUAUAAGAGAUAGUUUUUUGAAAAAUGUAGAGUUUAUUGCCAGUAUAUUGAAGACAUUAUUUGAUGAUGAUAUCAAAUCGGCGGAUGGGAAUGAAAAUCAAAAAGAUCCCAAACCAUCAAAUUAUAAACAGUUUGUACCUUGCUAUUCAAAUUCAUUAUCAUCAAUAAAUCAUUUAAAUAAAAUUCAAUAUAAAGUUAAUAAAUUAAUGACUAGUUUGGGUGAUUCAAUAAUAAGAAUAGGAAAUAUGACAAAUUUUGAAGAAACAAAUAAACAUUUAAAAAAUUUGAAAAAUACUUCAGCACAAGUUAACAAAAAAAUAUUAGAAGCUGUUUGUUCAACAUGGUUAAAUGAUUGUGGACAAUUUUAUGAAUUAGAAGAUUGGAAAAUUGAAGAAAAAUAUAAUACAAAAGAUGGAUCACCUACAAAAUUAAUCCAUAUAAUUGAAUAUUAUCAAUUAUACAUGCUUUCAACUAUUGGUAAAUUAGUUAAAUUUAAAGAUAAUGAAUCUAAAAGUGGGAUUGUUUCACCAUAUCCAAGUAAAAUAAUUUUAGUUAGUAUUGAAAUUCAAUUUAUGAGAACAUUAGAUAAAAUAAUUGAUUCAAUAAUGAAAAAAUUUAAUAUGGAUAGACAACUAAUAAAACAAGAAUUAGAAAUUGAAGUUGAUCAAACUAAAAUUGAAAUUUUUAAGAUUUUAACAAUGAAUAAUUUAGAUAAAUUAUCAAAAGUCAUUUAUCCAAGAUUAAUUCUUAAAUUUGAUCAAGUAUUUGAUAAAGAUAUAUCAACACAAAAAUUAAAAUUGCUUGAAAAUAUAGAUAAGGCAAGCUCAUUAAUAAUGAGUGAUAUUUUAGAUAAUGAAAAAAAAGUUAUUAACAAUCUAAUUGUAAAUGGAUUUGAAAAAUAUCAAUUAAAAACUUAUAUAAAUCAAGAAAUUAUGGUUGAUCAAUAUAUUUUUGAAAUUUUAAUGAGAUUUGUUAAAUUUGUUUACAAAAUAAAACCAUUAACAAGUGAAGGUGUAUUUAUUGCAAUAAUAAGUGAAUUACAAUCUCAUUUUGCAAAAGGUAUUUUAGAUAAUUUAAGAAUUUUUCAAUUAAGUUCAUCAAUAACUCAAAAUCAAUUAAUUUUAUUUAAUUUAAAACUUGAUUGUAAUUUUGUUUUACAAAUUUUUGAAAGCUCACAAAAAUUAAAAUUUAAUGAUUCAACUUUCAAAACUUUACAAGCAAUAGUUAAAGAAAUUGAAAUUAAAAAACAAGAAUUAGGUAAAGUUGAUGAAAAAUUAUUUACAAAUCAAAUUUUUGAAGAAACUUUAAAUGAUUAUCUCAGUACUUCUUCUACUCAAUUCAAUUGCUUUUGA